UGAGGCCCGCCAAGGCUCUGAUCAUCCGCGACAGCUCCUCGGUCGCGGAUGCGUGCCGGCGCAUGGCGGCCGCUCGGAUUGACGCUGUCUUGCUCACGGAUUCCGACUCUGUGCUAUGUGGGAUUUUCACAGACAAGGGAAAUUUAGGCACCUGCCUGUUGUUGACAAUGGACAAGUUAUCUCUCUCGUGAACAUGAAGAAAUGUUUGUACGAUGCAAUUGUUACGCUGGAGUGGCAUAUGGCAGCGUCAUUUGCUGCUAUGCACCCGGAAAAGGUCUCCGCAGCGUCCAUUGAAGCUCUCCGGGAUCAAACAUUUCAACCGACGUUAGGAUCUUUGAUAAUGCAAUCUUUCAAUGCAGUCACAAUCUGUCCGAAUGAAACGGUGGAUACGGCCACAAAGAAGAUGCUAGAGUUCAGCAGCGACUAUGUUAUUGUAGCUUCUGGCAGGAAUCCAGUGGGCAUUUUCACGUCGAAGGACCUGCUAAUGCGAGUUGUUGCUAAAGGCCUUUGCCCAACCUCCACAACCAUUGAAAAGGUGAUGACACGGAAUGUGGAGUGUGCCUCGUUAGACACGGCAGUCGUGGAUGCCCUGCAUAUCAUGCACGACGGCCGCUUUUGCCACUUACCCAUUCUGGACCAAGACAGGAACGUGGUUGGAUGCGUGAACGUCAUGGCUCUCGUGGAAUGCGGCCUUGCCAGUGUUGAGGAAGAAAUUGUGAAACUGGAUGCAUCAAACUCCGUUACCACAGCAUGCAGCGACGUCUCUGCAAACUUGACAUCCGAGUUGAUUGCCGUGAAAACUGUCUACCCGUCCCUGUGGCUAGCAAAUUUCUUCUCCUUCAAGGUAGAAGACCCGAAAGGCUGUGUCCAUCGCUUCACUUGCGGGACGCAAAGCCUUGAAGAGGUCCUUGCAACAGUUUCGGUCCGGAUUGGCUGCGAGGACGAGAACCUCCAACUCUUGUACAAAGACGAUGAAGGCGACUUGAUACUUUUGUCCAGCGACAACGACUUGGCGCUGGCCGUGGCCUCCGCAAAAGCUUACGGAAUGAAGGUAUUGAGGCUUUACGUCGACUGCCCACACACGGCGGGCAAGCUGUGCAGAUGGAAAUCGCUUCGCAGGACGGUGAUUGCAUCCAUUCUGGUGAUCGUUGGCCUUGGCUUCCUCAUCCAUGCAAGACAAACUGGCAACGAGCCAUGGAAGCUCGCCUGGAACCGGGUUGUCAGCUUUAGGCAGCAGCAAGAAGAAGAUCUGUGACAUCACUUGAUGCUAUAACAACCGUAUCUCCUUCUUUGACGAUGUCACUACCUGGUUUAAAUCCCAA